UGUCUGUUGGUAUGAACUGUUUUAAUUUGGAACUGUACAUUCCAUCUUUAAAGGAUUUCAGUACCAAAAAGCUUAAAAUUCAUCAAAUUAGAACCCGAUCAGACUGGCGGAAUUGUUUGCAAAUGCUUGACGAUGCAGAAGCUGGUCAGGAACAAAACUGCUGUAGUUAAAUUUUACGUUGAAAAUCAACAGUCUUGGAAUAUUGUUAAAUUACAUUGAAAAGAACUUGUGCCAGCUUUCAUGGUCAUAUUAAAAGAUUGUUAAAAGCUAGUUGCAAUGGUCUUCACUUAAAAACACGAACUCGAAUUUAGCGUUUAUUUGGUUAUUAGGAAUAUAUCUGCUUCCUGUAUUAAUAACAAUACUGCUGGUAUCUUACAAAACGUCGUGCGUUUCAACUGUUCGCUGUAAGGUUAUGUUUGUUAAAAUUUGGUUGUUUAUAAGACAGUAUUCCUUAUAAUUAAUGUAUUCUUUAUAAGAAACUUGGAUACAUCAUACUGAAUGUCAAAUGCUCCGACAAGUUGUCUAAAUCCUAGUUUGUACUUGUCAGUUCUUCAAUAAUUAAUUUACUUUUUUGUGUGUUUAUGAAGCUCUUUAGGAACAAAAUUGUUGCUCAGACAUAGUCUUUGUGAUGAAGAAAAGGAUUAUAUUGACAAAAGGCUAACCAAUUGUUUGAAUACGAUGAAGGAAGUACUAAAAGACAAUGUCCCAGCUGCAAAGAAUUUGGUUCCAAGAAUAGCAGUAAUGGGAUCUGGUGGUGGAUUUCGUGCUAUGACAGCAUUUUCUGGUGCCAUGUCCGCCCUGGUGGACUCUAGAAUAGCAGAUAUGGUUAUGUAUAACGUAGGUCUCUCUGGGUCGGCUUGGUACCUUUCAACUUUGUAUUCCCAUCCUGAUUGGCCGCAAAAGAAGUCUGCUAUAGACCUUCGUUCAGAGUUACGUGAAUGCAUUAUGUCCAGUGCGAAGUUGAAACUUUUUGAUCCCUUGUUUUGGUUCCGCGUGGGUAGAGAUUCUAUAACAAGUCCGACAUACUCCUUCACUGAUAUAUAUGGACGUUUUAUCGGUGAAAAACUUCUGAAAGAGAGGAUGAAUUCAACAUUGACAAGCCAACAAGGAAAAGUGAGCCAUGGAUCAGCUCCAUUGCCUUUAUAUGCAGCUUUGAAUGUGAAAAGAAAGACUUCAGCAAAAGUAUUUCAUGAGUGGAUUGAAUUUAGCCCCUUUGCGAUAGGCAUGCCUAAGUAUGGGACCUUUUUGCAACCAAAGUUGUUCGGAAGUGAAUUCUUUUCAGGCCGCGUACUAAAAGGAAAUGACGAAAUGAAACUGCAUUAUCUUCUAGGUAUUUGGGGUAGUGCGUACUGCGCAUUGUUACACAGGUUCAUUAAAACUGACAAGAUAGGCCCAGCCAACGUUACUGAAGAAAGACAAUUUUAUGAAUCAGAAGUAGAAAAUGACUUCGAAUCACAUGGCAGGGAUGAUCGUGACGAUUUGCUUACUGAAACUACCGUGCGAGGGGGAAAGCCACCAAUAACUGAAAGGAUUAUGAAACUGCCUUCUGUCGAUAAGUUCACUAAUGAUAUUCACGGAAGGGCGGCUAUGGUGAAUAACUUCAUGCGGUAUCUUCGACUACAGAAAUACAGACCAUCUAGAAAAAUAAGAUUGGAUGGAAACCUUUUUGCAGCCAUUGAAUCAACUGAUGGACUAUUUAAGGAGUUGCAUGAAAUGAACCCCACAGAUGCGGAGAAGAUGUAUCUAGUGGACGCUGGCCUGGCAUUCAAUUCGCCGUUUCCUCUUAUACUACGACCAGAACGUGAGGUUGAUCUCAUCCUGUCAUUUGAUUUCAGUGCAAGAGAAAGUGACAAAGCAGACCCAUUUACAGAACUACGACUAGCCGCUGAGUGGGCAAAACUUCAUGAGAUACCCUUCCCUGACAUCAACACUCCUGAAAUUGGUAGUGAAGACUUAAAGGAAUGUUAUGUCUUUGAAAAACCUGAUGAUCAUUCUUGUCCGAUUGUCAUGCAUUUCAUUCUCAUCAACAAUAAAUUCAGGACGUUUAAAUCACCAGGCGUUAAAAGGGAAACGGAGGAAGAGAAACAGUUCGGUAAAUUUGAUGUUUUUGACGAUCCGGAUAAACCUUAUUCAACAACUAGAUUUAAAUACUCAGCACAAGCUUUCGACCGACUUGCCAGCCUUAUGGAAUUCAACACACUACUCUAUAAGGAUACGAUUUUCAACAACAUAAAGAAAUGUGUAGAAAACCGUAAAAACAGAGCAAUUUCCGAGUUAUGAAAGAAUGUUUCAGGUGCAGGUGACAAAAAAUGAGUGACCGAUUAUAUAAACUCAUGUGAAAAUGUCUGACAUAUUUUGUCCUAGAAUUAAUAUUUUCUUAAUUUUUCUAAAUGUUUUGAUAGAUAUGGAACGGCUUAAAGUAGGAAGGUUUUAAUUUCAGGAAUAAUUUGUAUUCUAGUAAACUAUAAAUAGAUAUAACUUUAAGAAAAAAUUAAAGUAUGCAAAUGUGUUAGUAUGCGUUUGCCUUUGGAUGCUGUUAAAAUGCAACUAUGUAGUGUACUGCGUGUAUUAAAGGAUUUUGACGAAACAUUUUGUCCCGCCUUUAAGGUUGCUGUUCCGUAGGCAAACAAAAGAUUAGUUCCUCGAAAACUAAACAUAUAUUUUCGAAAACAAAGACCUGCAACAGGUUUUGCCAAUAUCAGAUUACUGCAUGACAACGCGUCAUCGCACUAAAUGUCUACAGUGCAAUAUUGGUAAAUCUGUUAUAAUGAAUAGACUAUAAGAAUGCAUUCAAAGAUUGGAUCCGAAGACUUUUCAUAUAUGUUGGAGGUGUAUAUUUUGAGAGAACAAAAUGAAAAAUUAAAUGAAAACUAUGAUGAAUCUUAGAUGCAUUCAACUUGGAACACUUCUAACAAAAAUCCACAGGUAGGUGUGAGGCAUCUAAGCACGCAACUAAAAACCUAUUAAAUUAGGAAAAUCCCACAAAAAGAUAUAAAAACUUCAAUCGGCACAAAACUCGAACAAUUCCAAUCCACAGUUAUAUUUCAAUAUAAACCUUCAUUUUCUAAUACAAACAUAGGUUAACAAUAUAUGAAUGUUUAUAUAUCUAUACGAAUCUUUGUAUAUCUCUACAAGUAGCUGGGUGUAUUGCUAUGUAUAAUUGUAUAUAUCUAGAAAGUAGCUGUGUGUAUUACUUUAUUAUAAUGUAUGUUUGUAUUUCUCUAGAUAGUAGUUGAUUGUAAAACUAUGUGUGUUUGUAUAUCCCUUAAAAUAUUACUACAAGUAUAUCUCUAGAAGUAAUUGAUAAUUAUCAACAUGUGACUGUAUAUCUUAUACAAUUGUCAGAAAUAAAUCCUAUUUUGUCAAGAAUGGCGAAGAAAUAUUCAUUUAAGUCCAUUAAUUUUUACAGCAGAUGUAUAUCAUAAUUAUCAUUUUACUACAAUGAUAGCCAAAAUUUUGAUCAAAAUGUUGCGGUUUUAUCAUUUUAACAAUAAAAUAAAUGAAUAUCUUACAUAGACCAAUUACCUUUAAUCAAAAUAAAUUUUUAAAAAAAUCAAAUUUUAUUUCAAAGAUAAACUCUUCAAGUUCUAGCCAGACAAUUUUUCUUUCAUUUUGUGGCAUUUUGUUCGUCUUUUCUUCUUGAUAUACGUAAUAAGAUGCUCAGAAGUAAGUGUAAAAUCAGGAUUUAUUUGUUGGAGUUAUUUGAUAAACAUCAAUUUGUAUAUUGCUAAAAAAAUGUCAGAAAUUAAUCCAAAUGUGCCAAGAGUUACGAAGAAAAAAUUAUAUUAUUCCACUUAUUUUUACAGUAAAUUAAUGAAACACCGUUAGUAGUCUUACAAUAAAUAAACAAUAUAUUAACUUCACAAA